UGAUAGAAAAAAUAAAGUGUGUUUCAAGUAAUAAAAAAGAAACUAAAUACAUUUUUUACAAAUACAAUUUUUUAAUUCUUAAUUUAUAUUAUCAAUUUCUCAAUUUAUAAUGAAAAGAAAAAUACAGUACGUAGUCAUAAUAAUUAAAUUUGUAUCAAAAUAAAAUGUGCCGUAAUUAAAUUAAUUACGUUAGGUUAGAUUACUUAAUAAUAUUCAUAACAUAAUAAUUACUUAAUCAUAAAAAUAUUUGAAAAGUAAACAAAACCCAUUGUUCUCCGUAACAAUACAAAAUAAUGGUUUUCUAGGGAAUAUAAGUAUAUUUCUCCACUCACAAUACAAAUUUAUAGGAAUUAUAAUCGACAUACACAUAUAUUUAAAAAAACAACCUUCUCCGAACCUACUCCAGACGCCGCUCACUAUGUUCCUCCAUUUCAGAAGCAGUGGCGUCCGCGCCGCCAAACGCGCAAUGAUGCUGAAGAAUGGAACUCUCUCUUACGAGGAAUUUUGUUUUUUCAGCAAGUUGUUCGCGAGUGUGGCUUUGAAGAACAACGAUACCUGGAUAAUUCAUGGCUCGAAGGAGGAUUUAGGAUCCAUGUAUAUGGUGAAGAAGAUUGCCCCUCAUGAAUUGCACGAGCCACACUUAUGUCUACGUGGCUUGUCAUUUCACCAGCAACAUCGUGAACCAAGUCAUGUGGAGACCAUUCGGGACAUAAUAAGAUCAUGCGUCAAGCUGCUUAAUGACCGAGUUGGCACUCCACCUCAACGGUCCAUUUCAAUGAUGGAAUUAUCAUGCUCACAAGUCAAUACAAAAAGGAUCUUGUGGCACAGACGCAGUCUUAGCUUACCAGACCCCAAAAAACCCUUUGAAAGUGAACCCCCAGAGCCUUUCUCCAUUUACCCUAAGUGGUGUGGUUCCCAUGACCUUCUUCAAAGCUGCUCGGAAAGUGAUGGAGAAUGUUCCCAUAACUUAGGGUCAAAAUCAGCUAUCCUGAGUAAUAGAGAAAACAGUUUCAGAAGUAACAUGUUACCUUUAAAUACAUUGUCCCAAGGUGUGACUUCUAAUGUUAUAAUUUCUGACUGUGUUGAAUCUGAAGACAUUAUUGGACCUCCAACACAAUUUUGUAAUACAGUGAAGUCACUAAAGAAUGAAUCAGAUGAAAAUUACUUCUUGGAUGAUGAUGUAUUCAAUUUGCAAGAAGCAGAUACAAGUUUUUACAAAACAAUUGAAAAAAUUGAUAACACUCUUUUUGAAAACGAACUCCAUUCUCCCACCAUGCCUUCAUCAACUGAAGAAAAACUACUUUUUAGUAUGGAUUCAUCGGAUGAUUUAUUCUUCUCAAACACUGGAACAUCCUCCAGAAAGAAACCAGUAAAUGCACCCUGUGGAAUGGAACCUUGUCUUCUUUACUGCGAUUCAUUUACUCGCGAGGAUCCUGCUGCACUUAAUGUUCCAGAAAAUGAAGAAAAAACCAUGUUUUGGGAAUUCCAUGUGCUGUAUAGUGUUAGCUAUUGUGUUCCUGUUUUAUUUUUCCAAAUGGGAAAAUGGUGCCUUUACAGGAGCUCUGGAGAAUUGUUGACACUAAAUUCCAAGGAAGAUUACGAACAUCCACUCCUUCGCCGACCAUUUUACUUUCUACAUCCUUGUGGUACAGAAUCACUUCUGAAAAUUUUGAAACCAAGUUGGAAUCCACUUGUAAGUUGGUUAAUGACCAUUGGACCAAGCAUUGGCUUAAAUAUUUGUCCUCUCUAUGGACAAUCUCGAGAUGAACCUGAACCUCAAACAAUUUUGAAGAACAAGGAGGCAGUCAUUUAAUUUUGUCAGCAUGAAGAAACCAGUGCCAGGAAUCAAUGUACUAGUCCUGAGAAAAAGACAUGACUAUGGUGAAGAUUACCUAAUAAAAAUAAAGGAACUGUGUUGAUAGGUUUAUUUGUGUAAAUUUAGAGAAACAAAUAAUCUUCGAGAAUAUUUGUUUUUAAAUACAAAAUGUAAAAGUUGUUCGUUGCACAAAUAAAUAUAUUCAUUUUUUUUUUUUGGAAUGAAGUAAUUCAUUGAUCAUAGCAAUUUACACAUUGCCAUAGUUAUUGAAAGUGUUGGAGCAAGAUGAUAAUAACCCUAAUUUUUGUAGGUCAGAAGAAAAACAAGUUUUGUAUAAAUCGAGACAUUUCUCUGUUUGUGUAUAUACUUCUUUAAGGCAUGUGUAAUAUAGGUUAUCAUUAUACUGUCCUGACCCCUGCAAUUAAGAAUAGUGCGUGCAUGUUUUUAUCACUAGAACUGAAAGAUGGAAUGAUGACUGAAAUGAAUGAGCUUGAUGAUGGUGAAUAGAUGCUAUGUAGAUGGUGCAUAUGAUUAUUUACUUGCACUUGCCCACAUGACGAAUGUGGAAAUACAAACUCAAAGUCUUUAGUUUUAUGCAGUGUGAUUCUCACCACAACUGACUUUACCACCCGAGUUAGCUUUACUUAUAUGUGAAUAUUCAAUUGUUUGAACAUAAUAAGAUGAAAUCCUUUUUUAAUUUUAGGUUGCUAUCUAUUGAUCCGCUCUGAGCAGCCCCCAAUUCCUGCUAUCUGUCUCCUGUCUCUGAGGUAAACCCGGGAAUCCUGUAGUACCCUCCAUUUUCAUUUUUGGGAUGAGGAUAUUUACACACUCCCUUCACUUUGUCCCUGAUUGAUAUUGUUGGAGACACUAUGGGACAAACACCAUGGGAAAUCUGAUGCCUCUAUUGCUUUAAACCAGUGGUUUUCAACCCAUGGUUUGGGAGUUGCAUGUGACCCUUUUUGGUGAACUAAUACUAAUUUUAACCAUGGCAUAAAGAUUUCCUUACACCAUCAUUUUAACUACAAUGUAACACAAGAAGACUUUUCACAUUUCCCAACAUUGUUUCAAUGUGGAGUUCAGAACAAUGAGAAAUUCAGAGAAGCACUCUCAAUUCUGAGAUCUGACUUCAGCACAAGGCUUUAGGAUUUCAGGUACAAUGAAAAUCUACUGAAACUUCUAUUGCAUUUUGUUUAAUAUGCUUGCAGCAACAGGCAAAUGGAACUUAUUGAUUUGCAAUGUAAUAUUGAAAAAUUUAAGAAUGUGCUCAUUUUUCAGUUCUACUGUAGGAUUGAGGAAAACAAAAUUUUGAUCAAUCCAUUCACAUGCUUAGUUCAUAGCAUCUGUUGGCAGCACAUAUAUAUGAGUGAAGAAGUUUUCUUCAGAAUUAAUAUUAUGAUGUCGAAACUGAGGAACAGACUUUCUAACACUCAUUUAGAGUACUGCCUUCAAAUUUCUUCACUCAAUAUUAAAGCCAAUGUGACAAUUUAAUGACAAAGAAAUUGUGUCAGGUCUUACAAUAAAUAAGCGAAUAUUACUGUGGUAGGUGUUAUUCAUUAACAUUAUAAAUUGGAAUACAACUUAUAACACAUGCACACAUAGUUCCUGUAAUGUUAAGUAAUCUCUACAGUUAAUAUAAUUAUGAUUUAUUUGUGUUAUAUAUGUAUCCUCCAGUUAUUUUGUUAUUAAUAAAUCAAUGUGGUGUGUGUUACACGAAAAAGGAAAGCCCUUUAGUUUAAGAAGGAUGCUGACCAUCGCUAUACCAUCAAAUGUCACCAAUGCACCCAAAAAUUCUCUGCUUCAAACCAACCUCUCGUGGCCCCCUAUCUUUUUCCCUUGAUUGUUAGUUGCAUUAUGUAUUAAUAUUACUAAAAUUGUCAAAAUCAUUAUAUUUAAAUACUACUAUUAUCAUUUUAAGAUCAUAAAGAAGUAUUAUAACAGCUAAUCUGAUUUGUCAUAGAGGAUUAUAUUAAUUUCAUAUGUAACUCAAUAUAUUAAUUAAUUUAUUUAAUAAGAAG